AUGGCCACGGCGGCGGCGGACCCGCGGAGCGGCUACUGCGCCGCGACGGGCGCGUUCCGGAGCAAGCGCGCGGAGGUGCCGCUGCCCGCGGACCGGGACCUGGACGUGGUCACCUUCCUGGCCUCCCGCCGCCACUCGGGCGUCGUCGCGCUCGUCGACGCCUCCACGGGCCGCCGCACCACCUUCGCCGAGCUCUGGCGCGCGGUCGCCGGCGCCGCCACCGCGCUCGCCGCGCCGCCCUUCGGCCUCCGCAAGGGCCACGUCGCGCUCAUCCUCUCCCCCAACUCGGUCCACUUCCCCGUCGCCGCGCUCGCCGCCAUGUCGCUCGGCGCCGUCGUCACCACCGCCAACCCGCUCAACACCGCCGCCGAGAUCGCCAAGCAGGUCGCCGACGCCCGCCCCGUCCUCGCCUUCACCACCCGCGACCUCCUCCCCAAGCUCCCCCGCGCCGCCGACGGCCUCCGCGUCGUUCUCCUCGAGUCCUCCUCCUCUCCCGCUCCCGCCGGCGCCGCCGAUCCGCGGAUCGUCGCCACAAUCGACGAGAUCUCCGCCACGGCGCCCGACCCCGCGCGCCGCCGGGACCGCGUCACGCAGGACGACCAGGCCACGCUGCUCUACUCCUCCGGCACCACGGGGCCCAGCAAGGGCGUGGUCGCCACGCACCGGAACCUCAUCUCCAUGGUCCAGAUCGUCAUGAACCGCUUCCGCCUCGAGGACUCGGACACCACGGAGACCUUCCUCUGCACGGUGUCCAUGUUCCACGUCUACGGCCUCGUCGCCUUCGCCACCGGCCUGCUCGGCUGCGGCGCCACCAUCGUCGUGCUCUCCAAGUUCGAGCUCCCCGAGAUGCUGCGCUGCAUCAGCGCCUACGGGGUCACCUACCUGCCGCUCGUGCCGCCCAUCCUCGUCGCCAUGGUCGCGCACCCCAAGCCGCUGCCUUUGGGCAACCUGCGCAAGGUCCUCUCCGGCGGCGCGCCGCUCAGCAAGGAGCUCAUCGAAGGCUUCAGGGAGAAGUACCCGCAGGUGGAGAUCCUGCAGGGGUACGGGCUGACGGAGAGCACGGCCAUCGGCGCGUCCACGGACUCGGCCGAGGAGAGCCGCCGGUACGGGACGGCCGGGCUCCUGUCGCCCAACACCGAGGCCAAGAUCGUCGACCCAGAGACCGGCGAGGCGCUGCCGGUGAACCGCACCGGCGAGCUCUGGAUCCGGGGACCCUACGUCAUGAAAGAGGCAACACAGUCGACGGUGACACCCGACGGAUGGCUCAAGACCGGUGAUCUCUGCUACAUAGACGAGGAUGGUUAUCUCUUCGUGGUGGACCGUCUGAAAGAGUUGAUCAAAUACAAAGGCUAUCAGGUGCCCCCAGCAGAGUUGGAAGCUCUUCUGCUGACACAUCCAGAGGUUUCCGAUGUCGCUGUUAUUCCAUUUCCGGACAGGGACGUCGGUCAGUUCCCGAUGGCCUACGUCGUGAGGAAGAAAGGGAGCAACCUAUCAGCUCAGGAGGUGAUGGAGUUUGUGGCGAAACAGGUAGCACCUUACAAGAAGGUCAGGAAGGUGGCAUUCGUGACGGACAUCCCCAAGAAUGCGUCUGGCAAGAUACUGAGGAAGGAUCUUAUCAAGCUCGCGACGUCCAAACUCUGA